AUGCCUCAUUUCCUUAUUAAAGGUAAAGAACACGAUGAUCAACUGCACAAAGGGAGAGGCGACAUAGAUAUGUUUUUCUGUAAACCAUCAAGUCUUCAAAGAACAGACUUAGAAAACAUGAUAGACACAACCAGGAAGAUGCUGGUGCAAUUUGAAAUGGAUAUUCGUGAUUUCUUCGUAACCACUCGGGCAAAUGAGAAGGUAUACAAGGUAUUAGAGAAGACAAGGUGUGUUUUCGUAAAAGGCAAUCCGGGGGACGGUAAGACAACCAUAGCUAAGCAUAUUCUGUUUACACUGAUGAAGGAAAAACAGGUACUUCCACUACAGAUGCUUUCCCUGAAGAAAUUUUAUGAAAUGGUGCCGAGUUCUUCUAGACUUGUAAUAUUUCUUGAUAAUAUGUUUGGUGAAAGGUCUGUGUCCAAGGAAGAGAUACAAUAUUUUAAUGCUCAGAAAGAUUUGAUAAAAACUAUUCUAUCCGAAAAUAACGAUGGAAAUGGAAAUUUUUUUAUAGCCACUUUAAGAAAUGAUAUUUAUCGGGAAUGUGAAGGCACAAUUUUGGACAUAAAUGUAUUUGAAGAUGCAAUUGUUGAUUUAUCUGACACAGAAAAUAGAAUAAAUAGAGAAGAAUUUGAAAACUUUGUGUCGAAGUACAAAUUACAUGAUUCUAUAGUGUCUGAUGAUGAAGUAUUAAAUUCCAGAAACCUUUUUUCUACAAUUGGCAUUCCACAGUGUAUUAAAAUAUCUGAAAAAAUUGCACAGAGAAAAGAAAACAUCUGUGACGUUUUGAAGAACCCAUUUGAACAUUUACAAAAGGAAAUAAUGCUGAGAAUACAAGACAAAGAACACAAAACUGCCGUUCUGAUAUACAUCUUACUAUGUGGGGGAAGCGUGAAAGAUGAAAAAAUGAAGAAUCCUCGCAAAGAUAGAGAGAAAAAGAAGAAAGCUUUAAGAAUAAUGGAAUUAAAAGAAAACGUAUCGUCCUUAUCCAAGUUUCAAGAUUCUGUAAGGUUUUAUGAAGGGUCUUAUAUUUAUCAUGAUGACAUGGAUAAUGAAUAUAGAUUUACGCAUAGUUCUAUACAAGAAAGUUUUUUUCUGUAUCUGUGUCAUUAUUAUCCUGAAGAUAUUUUAAGCACUUGUGAUCCCUCCCUGUUUUUAUCUUUAACAACAACAACAACAACAGAAAUAUCACCAGAUUUGUUUCCAGUCCUCAUAGAAAGAAUCAUUGUUAUUUUUAAAGAAAAGAAAGUUUCAGAAUACAGAUGUAUUUCAUAUAUGACCCUUUGGUCUGAGGUUAAGUUUACAAAGGAGAUAAAGCAAAAUAAGGAAUGUAUAAAGAUUAUGAAAAACAAUGUCGAUGAAAAUGGUGACUCAAUGUUGGUUCAUUUUUCAGGGGCUGGACAUAGUCAUUGGGUGGCGUAUUUAUUAUCAUGUUCAUCAGAAAAUCAGAGAUAUACGUCAUUAAAUAGGGCCUGCAUGUAUAAUCGUAUCUGCAUUGUAGACCUCAUUUUAGAGGCAAAUGUUAUUUGUGAUCUUAAAACAUGUUUCUAUGCUGUCCAAAGUGGAAACAGUGAGAUUCUUUUCCGUUUUACAGACAAUGUGGACCUAAAUCAAAUAGAGUUUUCAAAUCAUCCCAGAUGGUCCUCCUUUAGAGGUAGUUUGCUUCAAGAAAUCUGUUUCUUUGGCCAAAAUCAAUUAAUUGAACCUAUUCUCAGGCGUUAUCCGAUCGUUCGUGAUGUUAAAAAUGAACAAGGUGGUAAUGCUCUUCAUUUUGUUGCAUUUGCGGGACAAAAAGAUUCCUUUCAAAUGUUGGUAAACAGUGGGUCUGACCCGUACUCUAGAAGUCAUUUAGGUACUACUGUUCUUCAUUAUGCUUGUCAAAAUGGUAAGUUAAAUAUGGUAAAGUAUAUUUGUGACACUUAUCCUAAGUUAUUGACAAAGAGCUUUGAUGACUAUGAGGGGCAUUCUUCUCUUCACUGGGCGGCACAAUCCGGAAAUAUUGAGUUAUAUCAAUACCUCUUAGAAAAAGAUAUUAAUGUAUCAUUUCGCAACGGUUUUCCUUCCCCAUUAAAUAUGGCUUGUGAAAAUGAACAAAUUCAGAUGUGUAAAUACCUGUUAAAAAAUAAUCCUGAACUACUUAAAAGUAUUGAUAAAGAUGGGAAAACUGCGUUACAUGCUGCAGCUUCGGGGGGUAAUAUUGAUAUUUUUAAACAUCUCACAGACAAAGGAUUUGAUAUUAGAAAUACAACAAACAUCGGUAAAACAGUUCUACAUCAGUGCUGUAUGAAUGGCAGGUUAGAAAUGUGUAAGUACUUGAUCAAACAUUACCCCGACCUUAUGAAUGUCAUUGACAAUAAUGGGUACACAGUUCUACAUGACGCAGCAAAGACAGAUAACGUUGAAUUAUUCUACUAUCUAUCAUCUGUGUGCAAGGACCUCAAUAAUCUUACAAAAAAGGGGAAAUCUGUUCUUCAUAUUUCAUGCCUGUGGGGCAAUUUUGAAAUGUGUAAAUAUCUAGCUGAUGCUUACCCCAAACUAGUUGAAGUCAUCGACAAUGAUGGAGAAAGUGUUCUUCAUGACGCAGCCUGGGGAGGAAAUAUUGAUGUACUCAAGUUACUUAUAGACAAAGGCGUAGGCAUAAAAAGUACAACAAGCAUCGGUAAAACAGUUCUUCAUCAGAGCUGUAUGAAUG